AGGUGAAACCAUGGCUGCAACUUCUACAACUGAAGAUGAGCAAUUACUGCAAGCAGUUUUAAGCUACCUGAAAAAGAAAAAUUUACAACAGACUGAGCAGGCUCUGAGAAAAGAAGCAGAUAUUCAAGGAGAUGAAGAUUCACUUCAUGUUGAUAAGAUGAAGCAGGUUCUAACUACUUACAAGAGUGCUCAGCACCAAGAGCGCGCCCUGUCUCAGUUUGGUGCUCUCUGUCAGUUUGUGGAGAAGAGUCUUGAAAUGUAUCGUGGUGAACUUAGUCUUGUGAUCUAUCCAUUAUUUGUGCAAAUCUACCUUGAAUUGAUACUUGGUAACCAACCCAAACUGGCCAGGGAAUUCUUUGAGAAGUAUAAGGGCCAGCAAGAGGGGCGAGAGGACGACCUGUAUGAGUUAACAACCAUCACAACAAAAGAGGCGUUGCAGCUAAAUUCAAUAUUUUCCCACUUUAGAAGCAACAAGUAUGUCAUCAGAAUGUGUAAAGAUAGUUUCAACUGUUUAUUGUCUCACCUACAAGAUAACUCUCAUGUUUUACUGCUGAACUUAAUCAACCUUCAUCUUUAUGUUGACGUUUUUGAUGGUCUUCCAAAGCAACCUUCCCAGCUUGCGUUAUCUAAUUCAACAAUGAUGGGGGAUGGAAUGAAAUCAGUAAAUCAGCAGAAAAUGCAUUAUGGUGUGAUUCACCCUCCUGCCCUAUUAAAUGCCCUUUUAGACCCUGACGAAUUUGAUGAUCCUGGAGGGGAGGCAGACAGUGAUCCUAAGAAGAAGAAAAAGAAAGAGAAAAUGAUUUUGGCUACUGUGAAAAUAAAAGACAAAACUGAAAGCCAUGCUCCACCUCCUGGAAGGAUUCCCUAUCCGCCCUUGACUGAAGCUGAUAUAGCCGCUAACAAUGAGACGAUUCAAGAGUUAACUGGUCGAUACAGGAUUACUCAUGGUAAUCAACCUACCAUUGCUUUCUAUACAUUUCUCAAUGGAACAGAGGUUGUUAAUUGUGCAAAUUUGUCUGAAGAUUGCAAGCUUUUGGCUGCCGGAUGUCAGAACAGUGCUGUUAAGAUUUGGUCACUCACCAGAAACAAGAUUUACAAAAUGAAAGAAGCUGCAGAAUUAGACUCUUUAAAUCUUGCUGAUGAAAACAUAAUCGACAUGAUAAUAGAUGAUAGGACAGGGACACAAUCUCUGACUUUGUAUGGUCACAUUGGUCCUGUUAAUGAUGUAGCUUCAAACUAUAACAAAAGUUUGGUUUUGAGUUGUGGCAAUGAUUGUACAGCACGUUUGUGGUCCCUACAAACUCACACACAGUUGGUGUCCUACCGCGCACAUGAGGAUACCAUAUGGCGCUGUGCCUGGUCACCUUUAGGACACUAUUUCGCCACAGGUGGCGUUGACAGACUAGUGAUCCUAUGGAGCAUGCAGCACAUAGCUCCAGUCAGACUAUUCAGUGGUCAUUUGGGUGAUGUUACGAGUCUGUGUAUCCAUCCCAAUGGGAAUUAUGUUGCUUCAGGCAGCAGUGACAGAAGUAUUAGAAUAUGGGAUAUGUCAGGUGGGGGCUGCGUACGACAACUCACUGGCCACAGAACAGUAACAUCUCUAGUCUUUUCACCUCAUGGUCAUUUACUCAUUUCAGGUGAUGAGAAAGGAUCCAUACUAGUAUGGGAUUUAAGUAAUGGCUCUCACACAGCUACUCUGUCAAAUCACACGGACACAGUGACAAGUUUAGCAAUGAGUAGAGAGGGAGGCACCCUGGUUAGUGGGGGGAUGGACUGUGUGGUGAACACUUGGGACAUGGCUUUCGUUGUGGAUAACUGCGAGACUGAGCUGGCUAAUGAAGACGUUCUCAUUAAUAUGAGCAAAACUAAGAAUUCACCUGUCUUGCAUUUGGGUUCAACCAGGAAGAAUCUUAUUAUGGGUGUAGGAAAUUUCUAUUCCACCGAUAAAAUAUACAAUGAAAAGAUCGAAAUGAGUUCCUUGCAAUUACAAGUCACUUUACCCUUCCUUUCUCAGAAAUAUGUUUUGAUGGAAUCAGAACCAAAAAAGGAAGAUAUAAAUGUUUCUGAAAGACUGGAAACAGAACAGCAACCACCAUCACCCUUAGAUUUUGGCAGUGCCUUUGCUGAAGGGAGGGAGGGAGCAGGUAUUGUACCAGUUGAAGAGAAAGAGGUAGUGGAGAAUGCUGAAGGUAAUGCGACAGUCGAGAAUGUGCCUGCUGCAGAGAUUGGAGCAGAGAUGAUUCCAUCUGCUUCAGAGAGUGGGGCAGUGGAGAAUACAGCUGCUGCUGGGAAGGAGGCAGUGGAGAAUACAGCUGCUGUAGGGAAGGAGGCAGUAGAACCCGGCCCCUCUAACAGUUCUGAUCAGUCAAAUAUUCCCCAAACUCUCUUUUAUAUCAAACGAUUUCAGACGAAUCUAAAAGAGCAACCAAUGAUUCUACAGUCAGUCAACGGGCCUUGUCCACUUAUUGCAAUUAUAAACUGUUUGUUAUUACAGCAACGCCUAGAUCUGUCAGGAGCAAGCGAAUGUAUAACUGCAAGUAGUUUGUGUUCGCUGCUGGGAAACUACCUCUUAGAUCGGGCUCAGCAAAACGAAAACAAAAGUCACUCAGAACAAUAUAUACUGGACUGCAUGGAGAGAUUUGUACAGAUACAGACUGGUAUUGAUGUGAACGUUAGAUUUAACUCUGUUGAGGGAUUUGAGUACACACCAGAAUUAUCCCUCUUUGAUUUAGCUCAGGUCAGGUUACUACACGGCUGGGUGGUUGAUCCACAAGAUACAUUUCUGUCAGAACUGAUCGGUGAUCUUACAUACAAUCAGCUUGUUGAGAAAACUAUGGAGAAAUCAAGCAGUACAGAUACAAAAGAAGUCUCAGAAUCGUUUGUUUUAAAAGAACACCUGGAAUCAUCUCAGUUGACAGUCCAUGGUAUUUGUGAGAUCAAUGGGGCCCUAAAAACAGGAGAUAUUGUAGUUCUGUUCCGCAAUAAUCACUUCAGUACCAUAACAAAACAGAAAGACAGACUAUACGUGCUGGUGACAGACAUUGGGUGGGCUGAAGAGGGGCAAGUGGUGUGGGAAACUUUAGACAGUACGUGUAACUCUUCAUCUUUCGUUGAUGGUUUCUUCAAUUCAGCUUCCACCUCUGUAGAUAAAACAACGGUCCUUGCAGACGAAGAGUAUGCGUUAUCGUUAGAGUUACAGAUUAGCAAAGAAGAACAGCUGGAACAACAGCGACUUUGGGAUCAAGCGAAGUUGAACUAUGAACAACAAGACCGAGAAGAAGGUAACAAUCAAGCCCGCCCACAGAAGAAAGAAAGAAAAAAAUCUGAAGGAGGUUGCUCGGUGAUGUAGUGACUAUGGUUGUGUACAGUGUAGUUUUCACGGAAACUAAUGUAAAGUGUUUAGUAAUUGUUGUGGAAAAAAAUGUAUUUUUGGAGACAGAAUA